UUGAGGGUCUCGAAACCCUCGUCUUUGUACCGUUUCUUCUGUUUUUUAUAUUAAUUAUUUUUUUCUCUUCCUCUGGCCGCUUUCCGGCGAUAAAUCUCGUUUGCCGGCAAAGGUCGUCGUUUGUUCGCUCCCUUCCCCGGCACUCCUGCCUUUUCUCAUGGUUUCUCAGCCACCUCCGACGGAAGUUUCUUUUCGGAGGCGUGCCGGAUUCCGACCGAUCCCAUAUAAUCCCGUACAUGCAUGGCGUCCGCUCUCUUGGCCAGCCGAAAUGAACCGUGUUGGGGAGAACGGAAGGUUUAUAUGAGGAAAAACCCUAAUUCUAACCCUCACCUGAAGGCUAACCCUAACUCUAACCCUAACAAGCCGAUCUAUGACCCUCUAAGCCAGAUUCAUGGCCGGCAGGCCGACGAAUCGGUAGCUGCUGCUCCGGCUCUGACAGAUGAUUCGUCUUCGCUGAAAAGGAAAUCGAUCAACCUCAACAACCGUAGAGAAACCUCGGUUGGUGGAUAUGUUACCUUCAAUAUUGCGGCCUGUUCAAGAAGAGAGCUGAAGGAGCUCAAGCAACGCCUGAUCUUGGAGUUAGAGCAGGUCAGAAACUUGAGCAACCGGAUCGAAUUGAGAGAGAUCCAAUCCAGGUCCGGUUACAGCGCUUCUGGAGGCUAUGGCGGUAGAGAAGUCAAUUCUGCAACAAGGCCACCGCCGCUGCACCUAAAUUACUCCUUAGAUUCACUCGGUGCAGAUGGAACAAAAGAGAAACGAACUCCAAAGGCGAACCAGCAUUAUAGACCCUCUGAAUUCCUCUCGGCAAAGGAUGAGGUGCCUCAUGAUAAAAAGAAAGUUUCAGGAAGUAAGCGUCCUCUCUCCCUGGCUCUUGACAGAGAUCCAAAGAGGCCGGCAUUGGAACCUGCUGUUAAAACAGGAAAGCCGAUGUCUGGCGCCAUUAAACGCUGUGGGCAGAUAUUGUCGAAGUUAAUGAAACACAAGCAUGGUUGGAUCUUCAAUGCCCCUGUUGAUGUUGUUGGCAUGGGGCUUCAUGACUACAACCAGAUCAUCAAACAUCCAAUGGAUCUUGGAACCGUAAAAACGAAACUUGGCAAAAAUCUCUAUGCAACGCCGCUAGAUUUUGCCUCAGACGUUCGGUUAACCUUCAAAAAUGCCCUAAUUUACAAUCCGAAGGGUCAUGAUGUUUAUAACAUCGCUGAACAGCUGCUGGCUCGCUUUGAGGAGAUGUUUGAACUUGCAUGCAAUAAAUUAGAGAAUGAGCAGCCACGCAUGAAUGCCUCCACCCCCACCAAUGAGGAGGUGCGACAAAGGUCUUCAACGCGGGUUCCAACGCCGGAGAGUGCAAGAAGACCUGAUUCCCCUCAAGUUCCAGCCCCAAAUUUGGCUCCAGUACAAAAUUCUCCACCAAAUCCACCAGCGGCUGCAAGGACGACUACGGUGAAGCAGCCAAAGCCAAAGGCGAAAGAUCCUAACAAACGGGAAAUGAGCUUCGAGGAAAAGGAGAAGCUGGGAAAGAGCCUGGAGAGCCUCCCUCAGGAGAAGAUGGAGCAGGUGUUGAAUAUCAUAAGGAGAAGAAAUGCCAAUGUGGCACAGCACGGUGAUGAGAUUGAGCUUGACAUUGAGGUUUUGGACACUGAGACGCUAUGGGAACUUGAUCGAUUCGUGUACAAUUGCAAGAAGUUGAUGAGCAAGAUUAAGAGGCAAGCGAUUGCUAGCAACCAUAUUUCUGCAGCACAAGAACAAGACAUUAAGUCUCCCAUCCAGGACCAUGAGAUGCCUGAGGCUGGGGCUUCAGAGCGUACGGAAGCCGCUACAGCAGCAGAAGCCCAAACAUCAGCUUCUUCUGCAAGGAAGGUCAAGAAGGGAGAAGCCGUGGAUGAGGAUGUCGAUAUUGGCGAGGAUAUUCCCACAAGCAACUUCCCCCCAGUGGAGAUUGAGAAGGAUGCCGGCUUAGCAAGCAGAUCAUGCAGUUCCAGCAGUUCAAGCAGCGGUUCAUCCUCAUCCAGUGAUUCUGAUUCAGGAAGCUCGUCAGGAAGCGAUUCUGAUGCAGACGAUGCACAGUCGCCAUGCAUUGGGUCAAAAGCUUCGCCAAGGACGUGGUGAUGUGAUCCCAAUUCUGUGACCAAUAUAUAAGGCGUUGAACUGGGGGAGUGAUGGCGAAAAGGUACAAAACUCGCCACUCUCAAUAGUUACUCUAAAGUUUGUGCUACGCUACGCGAGAGAUUAAUACAAAAAACAACCAAGGCGAUGAAGCUGAGGCUUUGUGGAUUCUGUUGGUUUAUAGGUCGUCUUCUGUUAAUGUGGUUGCAGUUUCGGAGGAAAGAGGAUGGGGGUAUCUUACGUGGCUUUGGCGCUCCUCUUUUGUACCAUAUGUAAAGAGAGACCAAUAUCGACCAAGUAGAGAUCAGAGGAACGGUAGAAUUGAGAUGAUGUAGGUUUAGGUUAGUCCACCAAGAACAUGGAAAGAAGAUACGAGUUGAGAUAACCUUUUUUUUUCUUGUACCAUACAACAUCACCAUGUGAUUUUCUCAUCAGAGAUCUUUUGGCAAUUUAAUUCUUUCCUUCUUCUACAA